CAGAAGCUAGUUAAAACCGCAACUAAAAAAAAUCAUCAAAAGGUGCUUCGAUAGAUCAGUGCAGCAUGGAAACGUACGUUAAUUCAUCCAACUUCUAAAAUCUUGUUUGCCAUAUGAUUCUUAUUAAUAUGGGUAGUGAGUAAAAUUGUUGAGUAAUGUCAAAUCUAAUUACAUAAAGGAAAGUAAGGACAAUAGAGUUACUUUUUUGUUGUUGAAGGGAAUGGAGAGGAGUUACUCGUCAAUCAGAGAUUUCAAAAAGUAUUAAUUAAAUAUCACACCUAGCAUUAGUCUAUGCAGUAGUGCGGGAUACCUAGUUUAUCCAAAGAAUAUUACACGAGUAUUCUUUUUUUCUUUUUUCCUUUAUUUUCGAACAUGAUUCAUGCCUUUCUUGUUUUGUGUUCAAGACAUGACUGACGACCUAUUUAGGUAACUUGUUUGGAUUCACCGAACAUCCUUUUAUUAUUGGGCCAUGAACUACUGUUAGAGAUGCAGCAUUUCUAUUUAGAGACAUGAUUAGAAAUACAAUUCAAGUUGAAUCCGACCCAUCUAAACAUUUUUAGAUAUGGUCUGAACAAGAACCAUACAAUACAAAUUCUGCUUAAAUAGAGAAUGGCGGUUUAAAAAUAUAACAGAUGCAUUUAGCCUACACCAGCUGCUGACUCCAAAAGCAUCAGGUAGGCAUACAUAAUGCUUACGUACUGACACCACCAUCACUACAUAACAACUCCCCACAAGUUGGCAUUUUAUUCCUUUUGUCUAUGUUUGCACCUUGCAACUUAUAGCCAAUUGACUCACGCAAUAUAAUUAACUCUGUCAAAAAAUGUACACUUUUGUAUCCUUCCUUUGAUCCUUUUUUCUGCCAUAGAAAUUGAGCUCCCCCAACACAGAAAACCAUGAACAACAAUACUUCCAAUUCUGACAAUCCUUCAGAGAACUCCAAUAUAUUAUCGUAUUAUUAUAUUGGAUUGUCUUUAGGAUUUAUCAUCUUGAUGAUGAUCAUAGCUUUGUUUUCAAUUUACUGUAACCGCAGAAACUGGCAAGACAGCCUGCAAUUUAGAACUGGCAGCUACAACAGCAACUCUAACAGAACCUUAAUCUUCAUGGAUACAAAUACUGAAGUGAAUAUUGAAGUAUCUGAGGAAGAACAAGAUACCAUUUUGAAUAGUUAUCCCAUGUUGUUGUAUUCUCAAGCCAAGCUUCAUAAACCUGAUUCAACAUCACUCCAUUGCUCAAUUUGUUUAGCAGAUUAUAAAGAUUCAGAGUGGUUGCGCCUCUUACCUGAUUGUGGUCACUUUUUUCAUAAGGAUUGUAUUGGCACUUGGUUUAGGCUAAAUUUCUCAUGUCCCAUGUGUAGGAACUCGCCACUUCCAACACCACUUGCUGAAGUUACUCCCUUGGCCACUACACAUAAUUGAAUAUUAGAAAGCUCUGAAGUUUUAGAAAGCAAUAUGGCAAAAUACAAUGGUAUGCUAAGAAAUUUAAUAUUGCAGUUGUGGCAGUUUAUGCAGUGGCAUCGAACCGCAAUUUUGUUGCAAUAUAGCCACAAUAUAGUGGGUGCAACGGCGACAUUAAACUGCAAUUUCAAUGUUAGUAGAAAUAGAUAUGCGAUUUUAGAGAGAAAGAGAAGUGUGAUUUUGAAGAUAAGUAAUAAAAUUAUAAUAUUUAAUGUGAACAAAAAUAAAUUCAAGCCACAACAAUGACUAUAUAUGCGUAUUUUGUUGUAAUUUGUGAUAUUUCAAAAGUCUCGAGUCCCAUGUAGAUGAUUUUAAACUCUUUUAAAGUCUUUAUAUAUUAAUGUGAGAUAUAUGAUUUUGUUUAAA